AUGGAACUUGUGAGUCUGUUGAAGACGAGAGAAACCCUAAACCUUGAACUGGCCGAUACAGCAACUCUCAACAACCUCCGGCGACAUAUCAAUCCCACGGCGCCUUUUUCCGUUCAUCUGUCGCUUAACCGCAAAGAAGAGCUCCUCGCGCGUUCGCCGGAGUAUACGCUCCGUUCUCUUGGCGUAACGUCCGGUGACCGUAUCUACUACACUAUCGAUCAGUCUGCUUUUAUUGCAUCGCUUCAUGUUGGGGAGUCUUCGAAUUGGAAUUUGGGAGAUGAAAAAACCCAAGAUCAAGUGAAAGGUUCAGAGCCGAUGGAUGUUGAAAUGGCUCCGGCUCCUGUAAGCAAAAGGUUAAGUACUGUACCAUCCUUUUUAAGAAAGACACUGCUUGAGAAAUCUGGUAAUGACAGUCGACUGACGUUUUUGGUUUUGUCAGUUCAUGCUGUUAUGUUAGAAUCUGGAUUCUUGCUCUUAGAUCAUGACUCUGAUGAUAAGUUUAGCGUUUCAAAGAAGUUACUCUCUGUAUCUCUUAGGUAUUCUCUAUCUGAGCUUAUUAGCCGUAAGGAUAACAAUUCACUCGAGUCUGUUACUUUGCAGUAUUACAACAUAGGCCCUAAAGUUGUAGUUUAUGGAACUAUAAGUGGGUCUCGUGAGCGUGUGCGCAUGACUUAUCUUGAUAAGCGUAGCUUUGUGCGCAUGACAUAUGUUGAUAAGUGUAGGUUUGCGCACGUUAUCAAUUUGGUUUUGGAUACUUUGAAGUUUGAGAAAGAAAGCUCUUCCAUCGACUACCGUGACGUGCUUGUGUUCUGGAGAAUGGUGAAAGAUGAUCUUGUUAUACCGUUGUUGACUGAUCUUUGUGAUAAGGUUGGCUUGGAACCUCCACCAUGUUUGAUGCAGUUACCAACAAAGCUAAAGCGGAAGAUACUAGAGUUGCUUCCUGGUGUGAGUAUUGGGAAGAUGGCUUGUGUUUGUACAGAGAUGCGGUAUCUGGCAUCAGACGAUGAUUUGUGGAAACAGAAAUGCUUGGAAGAAGCUAAGGAUUUCUUUUGGGCAUUAGCAGAUGAGGUUGGUUGGAAGUGUAGAUUUGCUGAUUUUUGGGGGCGACGGAAAGGACUCAUUAUCCUAGUAAGAGGAAGAAUUCCCCAAAAAAAAAGCAACCCUCGAAUAGAAAACCCUUUCAACCCUUUGGGUAUUCACCUGGGAAGGAGACCUGGCGCAUGA